GGAAGCUGCAGUUGGCAGCCCCGGCGCAACCACCCUUGUGUUGCUCCUGUGGGACCAUGGAGACGGACAGUGUCUUCCUGCAGCCUGCCGGGAGCGGCGCUGGGAGAGCCCCUGAGGGUGAUGGUGGGAAGGGGAGUGUGGAUGCUGAUGCCAUGAGCGGGAACCCCUACGCAGGGCUGGUGAGCCACCUGCGGGCAUCCUGGCUCUCCAGGAAGACACGGCCCUUGGAAUACCGCGUGGCCCAGCUGGAAGCCUUGGGACGCUUCCUGGAUGAGAAGAAGCAGGCGAUCCUGGAGGCCACCGCUGCGGACAUGGGCAAGCCGCCCUUUGAGGUUGAAUUAUCCGAGACGCUCCUGUGCAAGAAUGAGCUCCACGAGACCCUGAACAACCUCUCCCACUGGAUGAAGGAUGAGCACGUGGAGAGGCCUCUGGCGAUCCGGUUGGAUUCGGCCUUCAUCCGCAAGGAUCCGUACGGGGUGGUGCUCAUCAUAGCGCCCUGGAACUACCCCAUCUACCUCAUCCUGGGGCCCCUCAUCGGGGCCAUCGCUGCUGGGAACUGUGUCAUCAUCAAACCCUCAGAAAUAUCCAAGAACACCGAGAGACUUGUGGCAGAAGCACUGCCCUGCUACCUGGACAAGGACUGCUUUGCUGUGGUGACUGGGGGUGUGCAGGAGACCACAAGGCUGCUGGAGAACAAGUUCGACUACAUCUUCUACACAGGUAAUCCUGUGGGACAGAGCAGAGCCCUGUCUGGCUUUGGU